AUGGAUGGUCCACCUGGAAGGGUGGAUAGAGAAUCAACCCUCAACCAUCCGGCAAGCAAUAUCGCUGGCUCGACGUCUUCUAGUUCAGUUAGCAGUCCUUCAUCGAAAGUCCUCAUACAGAUAGUUAUUCCUGAUCAUGAGUGGAAGUUUGUGUUCAGAACCCCAACCAAUACACUUGUGCGGGAAUUGCUCCGUCGUGUAUUCGAUAUUUGUCGACUGGAUCUUGUACAGUAUAUCAACUAUGGAUUCUUCCUUCCACCCAAUGGAGUACAGAAAGGGAAGUUCUUGCAGGAGGAACGGUUAUUGACAGAGUAUCCGCAGCUAAUUGCAUCUGCGACUGAGGUGUGCAAAAAUGGAAUCGACUCGGAAUCACAUGAAAACGGUGUGGAUAAGGCAGCCACCUUGAUGCUUAUUCGAAGGUGCCGCUUUGUAGAUGGACUACCGAUGAACGAGAACAGAUUCAAGCAAGUGAAUUCCAAAGUCCUCUUGAAUCUAGGAGUAAACCCUAACGUCCGCGAUUGCAGGGAAUUGACCCCACUGUAUCACGCUGUCUCCUUGGACGUUCCCGUCGAAUGCAUUUCCAUAUUAUUGUACGAUCACGCCAUCUUAGGAGUGACAGACGACAAGAAUCGACAAGAAAUCCAUCAGGCCUGUUUAUUUGACAAGCCUGCUCAUUUGGAACAACUGAUCUUGUAUGGUGCAGAUUUGAACGCACAAACCGCCAAUUUAGAUACUCCGUUGCACAUAUGUGCGCUCAACAAUCACGAAACGUGUCUUCGACUCCUGCUUCGAUACGGUGCGAACAGGGAGCACAUGAAUGCCUCCGGUCAGACACCAUCUGAAGUGGCACUUCUGACGGGUCUGAAUCACUUGGCAGAGCUUAUUGACAACUUUGAUCCAGCCCUGAUUACUCCUGUUGAAAGAUCCCCAAUCUACAAUGCUGAUAGACGACCGUCCGUCAGUGGGCCUCGAGCUGCCUUGGAAGCUCAACGGAAAUAUGACACACCCAGCAGUCACAGUCAGUCUCUGGGCAGGAGCGACUGCAAAGCACCGAACAUGAUUUCCUUGGGCGAUCUUAAUGCCUGGAAUUCGGAGACACCAAAGUUUGAUAGAAAGAUAAAAAAGCCACCUGCGUCGGAAGUAAGGAGUGAGAGACAAAACGUAGUUGGCUCAUCGAAACUUCUUCGAAGCGAAACUCUGAAUCCUAUCGGACACAGCUGCUUUACUCCAGGACGGCAAUUGCAAACGACAAGCGUGGUCACUUUGCAUCGCGGGAACACUGGAUUCGGAUUCCAAAUCAGGGGUCGUGGAACAACUGGGGAAGUCGGGCCGGUUGCAUUUAACGUUGUCCAACCACCAGCUAACCAACUUUUGGACCGUAUUUUUCCCAACAGUCCAGCGGCUGCAGCCGGUCUUUCUCCGGGACAGUACAUUUUGGAAGUGAACGGCAUCGACGUCAGAAGAGCGCCACACCACAUGGUCACGGAUCUUAUUGUACAGUCUGGGGACCGAGUGACCUUAAAAGUGUUGCAUGGUAAUCACUCACAGGGUAGACACGCACGGAAUUGUGUCAAUAUGGCUGAUAGACGAAAUUCAUUUCGCCGUCCCGAAUCCGCCGUUCCAUGUUACCGAUCACUUUCGAUCCGCCCUGUUGCUUCAUGUGCGCAUCGAUCGCUCAGUUCAAGCCGUUCAUUUGAGAAGGUCAUAGACACCGGCAAAUCGAUCGCCUUUGGCGACUCUCAAGAUCGUCACACAACCAUGAGUUGUGCAGAAUUUCGUAAACCGCUCCACAUACAUCGUCUCCCCUCGGGUUAUCACUCCGUCUCAGAAGGGGAGGAGAAGUGUUCAGGCAAUAAUCGUGCUACGCCGGUUCCAGCGAACAAAUCUAACUCGAACUUCAAAGCACGCGUUGUGUUGAUCAGAACGCAACAAUCUUCAUCCGAAAAAGCGAAUGAUCAGAACCUAGUACUGGGUGGACAACAGGAAUCUAGCUCGGUCAUCCGGUGUGAGUUGAAACAUUUCGGAGGUAUUCCACUUUGGUUUCUCUUCUCUAAACACACGCGUUUCCCUUAG